AUGUAUUCGGCUACACUCAUCAUUUUCAGCGUAGCUACUGCUCACGCCGGUGUCGUGUAUCCGGUUUUGAUUGAAAGCAGAAGCGGCAACUCAAGAGGCGCUGUUCAACUUUCUAAAGACUACGUCAUAGACUUGGAAGAAUCCAGUGUUUUAGGGGACAGUCUGUAUUUUUCCGAUGCUAAGUAUGGAGAGGUGAAUCACGAACUGAUGGAUACUACAGACAUACGUAAUAGUGUUUAUGAAAAUUCGGAACACAAGGCGUCCUUUACAAUUACUGAAACAGACGUGGGAAUUGAAAUGGAAGGAUACCUAAACUUUACACAUGGAAUUGAGCCUUUGCGAAUACAUAACGAAUCCGGCCGUGUCCCUCACAGAAUAUUUCCGCUGCCGACGUUUGAGGAGGCGAUCCACUUGGAAAUUCCCGUUGAAGAACGUUCUGAUGAAAGACUACCGCCAAAAAAUGACGCUGCAGAGCCACCCACCGUGUGGCGACCUGAAAUGUACGUCAUGUUUGACAGUGUAAUACACAAGUCCCUCAACGAAAGCAAAUAUAUACAGGCUCAAUACAUCAUAAGGCUUAUGAACAUCGUGAAUGCAAUCUUCAAGACGGUUCGCAAGCCCCGAAUAAACCUCCAGCUUGUUGGAAUACACAGGUUUCAGACGAAAGAAGAUGAAUAUUUCGUUGUGGCGGAAGAUAAUGUAGUCUCAGGGCCUGAGUCGCUAAAAGCAUUUGGACAAUUCACCAAAAAGACCACGUUCGCAAGGCCUGCCGAUUUCUACCUGAUGCUCUUUGGGCGCCGCUUAGGGACACGUAACACGGAGACUAAAAAAUUAUCUCCUAAUCAUGAAGGACGUGCCUAUUCCGGAAUGGUCUGCGUGAAAGGCGCUAAUGUGGGAAUUUCCGAGGCAGUACCUCCUCUGUACAGUAGAUUCACCACAAUAGCCCACGAAAUUGGGCAUUUGCUCGGGAGCGCGCACGAUGGAAGUGGUCCCUUGAGAAAUGUCAAGAAUCAUCCUGGUGCUGUUGACUGCAAGUCCAAAGUCAAAUACAUUAUGGACUCUGGAGGGCCUCUUGGACCGCCUUUCGCGUUUUCGCAUUGUAGUGAGGAGGGCAUGCAAUUUGUUAUGCAGCUACGUGGAGAGCAAUGCUGGAAAACACAAUCCGACUAUGACUUUUUUAACGUCACCAAGCAGGUUGCGGACCGCUUUCUCACACCGGAGAGGUUUUGUCAAACCAUUCAACCGGAGGGAUACUAUUCGGCCGUGAGCAUCACUCCCCUUCCCUUUUGUAUACCUACCCUCUCCCUGAAAUCCGCUCCCCUACCUCUUGGCAAUGCGCGCAGCAUGCUGAAGAGUAUGGAGGACUGCGUGAUAAGGUGCCGUAAUUGGGAAUCCUAUUGGUACGUAAAGACGCACAUAUACUUCGCUCCAUUUGGCAUCCCUUGCGGGGAUAAUGGAGAGCGGUGCUGGUUCGGAAACUGCACGAAUAUUGACCACGAGGUCUCUUAAACAGUUACAAGGUGGAAAUUUCCGGUCUAAA